AUGGCGCCACCCACGUGUGCACCUUGUUUACAAGAUGACAAUAUAUGAUCAACCCAGCAGCUAAUAAGGCAAGGUAGCGUAUCUCCAGCAUCAUGGCGACACUACAAUCCAAGGGAGAGAAUCCUGGCACAGUAGAUACUGAGGCCCUGUGUGCAUCUCUCCUGCCUGUGAAUAAUUCCAAGGGCUAUCUUAUGUCCCUCAAAGAGGUUUUGAAGACAUUUAAAGAAAAUGUUGCACUCCUUGAAAGGGAAGAAAUUGUGAAGACACUGGUUGAAGUGUAUUUUGAAUGCGGACCAAAGUUUUCAGCCAAGAGAAUUCUUGCAAGCUUCCUGCAGGGUCUGCCUCCUGAGGUGGGAGACCGCUACCAGAUUGAGCUGCAGAUUCAACUACAGUCCCGAAUUGAUACCUGCCUCAAACUCCUCACAGAUUCUAAUGCUGUCAGGAGCUUAGUGGAAGAGAUAAACUCUCUGAUGGAGAACUUCAGACUAGGAGAAGCAUGUUUGAAAGAAACGAGGAUGGAAGCCUUGAACUUCCUAUCUCAUGCUUUGCCGUGUUUUGUGGAUGCUUCUCUCCAAAAGUCCUCCCCAGUGGAAAGAAACAAAACAAUGCAUCACUGUCUGGCCACCAUCAAAACUGCCAAUCGCCUGAUUCAGAAGUGUUCAGUGGAGGCUUCUGUUGAUCCCUGUCCUGGUGACACAGUGCAGGGCGUGGCUGACAGGUUUCUACAGGGAGGCCUCCAGAUUCUACACCAGGAUGACUUUUUGACCGACUGCCGCUGUGGUGUUGGAAUGGUCAUGGUUCUGGUGUUAAAGUUGUCGCUGGGGCAACGCCAUAUUCAUCUUCUCCUGCAAUCCAUAUUCAAGACAGGUGUGACAAACCAAGAGCAGAUAACUCCGAUCACAGCACCCAAGCUGUCAGUUGACCUGGGUGUAAUUCACAGCCUGUCCCUGACGUCCACUCUCUGCCUGCAUUUUGGACUCCUGGCCAUGGUGGACGCUGCUAAUGCAGUCCUUCCACUGGACAAUGAGGGAUGGAUACUGACCAGUGUGUUCCUGGACAAGCUCAUGGCUUUGGCGCCAAGGUGUGAGGACACAGGCAGCAAGGUGCUCCUGGCCAAAGCUGUUACACUGUGGACUACCAGAACAAGCACCAUAUUAGAGAGUGGCGUGUGCCCAGGAGAUCUCACAGAGUGUCUGAGAGGAGAUGGUCAUGUGAUCAGCGGUGUUCUUGGAUAUGUGUGGACAACGUGGGAUGAUCAGUUGGACGCAUUGAGGCACAAUGCGAGGAUGACAUUUGAAAACUGCCUCAAGAUUCACCUGCUGGCCGCACAGUCAGACCCCCAACAGGACAAGUUUGUCUGCCAGUCCACCCAGAAGCUGCUGGGGGUCACCUGGAACAACAAGGGCAAGUAUGGCUGUCUUGGAGCUGCAGUCGGCCAUAUUGGAUGUUCCACCCUGCUGGGGAUGAACCCGGGGAUAGCAGCAGAGUUACUGUCUCAGCUGGAGGAACAAUCCCUGGCAUGCUAUGCCAGUGACCUUUACGAGAAGUUGUUUAAGACCAGUCAUGCUGAGUUAGUCGUGAAGGAAUCCACCAAUCACGACACAGGGUUGAGCACGUGGCUGUCUACGUGGGUGGAUCCUGUCAUCCACACUCUCUGUCAGGACAACAAGAGACUUAAGCUCCAUGUCAUUGAGUAUGUGUUGCCCCGGCUGUUGAAGUACAGCAGGGAGUCUCUCAACUACAUGAUCAGCACGCUGUCCAGCACAGAUGGGCAGUCGAGAGGGCAGCUUGGUGCCCUGGUGAUGUGCAUCCGGAGAGCCCGAGCCCUGGGGCUUCUCAACUCCCCCAGAACGCCCUCUACAGGAAAGGGAGAUAAUCCGGAGAUGUGGUACGGCCUUGUUAGUGCUGAUGUCCUCAGAUACGCUCUUACCUGUGCUGAUGAACAGAUUCGAUUGGAUGCUUUUGCCCUGUUAUGUGAAAACUUGAAGAUGACAGAGCCAAUCACUGAGCUGGAACUGUCUUUGCUGCGAUACUUCCUGCCUCUCAACCUUAACAACCAAUCACCAGCCUUCAGGCAGUAUCUGCUGGCUUACCUGCACAAGUUGUUAGCGAGACUGAAGGAGAGUGGUGCCACACUCACCCGUCUGGCAGGCCGGAACAAACAGACAUCUGAGUCCCACGCAGCUGCAGGAACACUGGAGUCUUACACGUCCUUCCUCCGCUGGCUACAGUCGCACCUGUUCAGGAACCUCUAUCCAGGCUCAGCCUUUGCGAGGCGGUUGACCAGUCUGGCCGGGCUCGUCCUCAUCAUAGAGGUCUUCCCUUAUAAAGAUGGUAAGGAGCUGUACCAGUUCUCAUCUCUGGUUGAUGCCAGUCAUAUCAACACCUUAAUGGAAUGCCUCACUGACACGUUCGAGGAAAACAAAGUUGCUGCAGUACGGAUUAUGACGUUUUGUUUCAAGCAUGGCAGUAGUAUGCAUACGAAGUCCCAGCUGGGGAGCCUGUUCUCUGCUGCAAUGGAGCUGUCGUGGAGCACAAAGCCUCAUGACUGUACGACUGGAUCCCACAUCUUCCAGGUCCUGCUGCAGCAACCAGCUGUAGUAGAGGUCAUGAAGGCAUAUGUCCUUGACCUCAAAAUACUGUCAGCACCGGACAGUGACCAGACAACAUAUUGCUGCCCUGAGCUGAUGUUGCUGACGAUUUUGUUGCUGUCUCUGAGGGAUCAAACCGCUGUUGCCAGGAAAAGUUUGAUAGUUGCUGCUGCAAAUCGGCCUAUGUAUCCCACAAUGCAUUGUAUACGCCACAUCCUGUCUGAUGUGGAUUUGAGAAAUAUUCCAGACAACAUUCUUCCUCAUUGGAGACAUUUCAUGGAAGAAUUGAUGGAGGCUUGUCUUGGUUUGGCUAGAGUUGUCUCCCCUGUUGUACAGGACUCCUCACCAGAGGGCAAUGUGCCAACUGAGGCCAUCAUGGGUCCUGGCCUGAAUGUUGACGCUGUUGUGCAGUCGGAGGAGGAGAAGAAGCUGCUGCUGGAGGCUGCGGAGAGUGAGAAGAUGGUGACGUUGAUGCCAGAGUAUCUUGUGGUGUGCUGCUGGCGUAGCAUCAAAGAGGUCUCUCUCAUCCUGGGCCAAAUCUGUCUCGAGGCAACAGUUGGCAACAGUGGUUUCCUCAGCAGUCAGCAGAUCCUAGCUCUAGGCAGCUACUUCACCACACAGCUGUUGGAGUCGAAGCACAGGGGAGCCUUUGAGUUGGCCUAUGCCGGAUUUGUCAAGAUGUGUGAAAUGUUGUGGAGGGAUCCAAGUGUGGAUCUCCAUGGUCUGCCGAGUAAGUGGUUGGAGGAGGUCAUGGCUGACAUCAUCAGUGACGACCCUGACUCCCGGCUCUGUGCAACUCGGCGCAGUGCUGGCGUGCCCUUCUACGUACAGGCCCUCGUGACAACUGAGCCCACGUCGACAGGUAGAGUGUGUUUCAAGUCGGCCAUGACACGUCUGCUCAUGCUGGCUCUCACACAGAGCAGCAGGACACAGAUGAACAACGCACAGGUUCACUCUCUAAACAUCCUGCGGGCAUUGUUCCGGGACACAAGGCUAGGGGAAGAUGUUGUUCCCUACAUAGCAGACGGGCUCAAGGCGGCCAUCUUAGGAUUCAAGUCACAAGUUUGGGCGGUUCGUAACUCGUCGACCCUGCUACUGAGUGCAUUAAUGACGAGGAUAUUUGGUGUUAAGAGAAGCAAGGAUGAGAGUGCCAUCUCCAAGAAGAACUGUCAGACGGGCCGUGCUUUCUUCCAUCGCUACCCGUCUCUGUAUCAGUUCCUGUUGUCAGAGCUGGAUGACGCCACACAGGACAUAGACUGUAGUGAGCGGCUACACCUCCACCCCAGCCUGUACCCGGUGCUCAUGGUGCUGGGACGACUCUUCCCCUCCUCACUAGAGGGCGCUGACACACAUCUCAACCUGGCUGCAUUCAUUCCGUUCGUGUUGAAAUGUGCCUCAAGUCCAGUGUUCAAGACAAGACUGAUGGCUGCCCGAGCACUACAGCCAUUGGCUAUUAAGGAUCAGAUGACGUCCCUUCUGUUGCAACUGGUUGCUAGGUUGCCAGACAAAACAGCCAAUGAGAUAAGGCAAAGCCACAUACAUGGUGUUCUGCUUCAGAUGGAGCAUCUGUUGGUUCUGGUCCCGAACAUGAACUCAGCGGCCAGGGAGGACAUUAUGGCAGCCAUGCUGCCACGCUGGCUGGAUGUGUCAUGGCUGACCACCAGGGCUAACAACUGCGUCGUCACCAGGACAGUUGCACUGGAGAUUUGUGAUCACCUUCUUGAUAUUGGCCAAAACACAGAUAAAAUAGAGCACAGCACACAUAAACUCCUGGACCAAGUUCAGCUAGUAUUAAAACAGGAACUGUUAGAGAAAUGUCAGUAUUCUAGUCACACCCCUGCUCUGUCGGAAUUCACCACAACUCUUACUCACCUGUGUCUGAAACAUUACCAUGAUACUGACAGUAAGACAUGGCAGACGGACAACAAAAACAUGGAGUGUCAUGUGAUGACAUAUGGAGGCCAAGGUCAGAAAGGUGAAGGUCAAAUGUGUCAAGGUGUGAAAGGUCAAGGUGAAGGUCAAUCUGAAGUGGAUAUGUAUUCAGGAUCACAUUGUCAAGAGAAUGUGGUUAUCAAUCUUCUUGGAUCUGAGAUGUAUGAAGUUCGGCUAUCUGUGCUAAGGCCAUUGUGCAGGGCUUUCAGCCAAGUGUCUGGCCGGAGGGGUAUUCUAAGUGACGAGGACAGGGAAGGAGAGUGUGCAGGGAUGACAGCAGACACAUUAAAGAGACUCCAAAGAUCGGAGGCGAUAUACAGGAAGUUGCUGGACAUGGCGUUGGUGUCCGAGUGGCAUCAUGAGUGUCUCGCGAUGGUGUAUGAAGUCUUGUACGUCAGCUCAUCAUUUGACACAACUGCCAAGACAACUGAUGUCAAGACAUUUGAGCUGAUAGUGAAAAAGAUGAAGUUGGAAGUAAGAGUGGAAGUGAAGGCGGCCAUGUUAGAGUUCUCUGGUGUCUUCCUGCCGAUGAUGUACAACCUUGUCGCCCAGUCCAAGGCUGCUGAUGUUGCUGCAGUGAUGGAGGAGUGGUGCAGGGUGUUCCAGGGGUGCAGUCAGACAGCACAGAGUGCGGACCUCCAGCUCUGCUGUGCAUCUCUGCUUCAGCAGCAUGCGGCCAUUCUGUUGCUGGAUCCUCAAUGUCUCUUGUGUCAGCUUACAUUUGACAUGUGGGAGGUUGCCAUUGACCUUCUACAAGAGGAUGAUCUGGAUGUGAAGGAAACUGCAGCCUUGGUUCUCCCAGCCCUGGACACCACAAAAGUGUAUAAUGACCUACAGCCGACCUUGGUGUUGGAGAGGCUGAUGAUCCAGCUGAGUGACCACCACGGUGCACGGGACGGUGUUGGGUGCGUGGCGGCAUUGACAAGAUGGAUCACAGAGAGUAGGGAGGAAGAACAGAGUGAGGGUGUCCGUCUGUUUGACAAGGGAGAGAUGAAUUCAUACCGAGAGGACAUCUUGUUGGUUGACCUGUGUUGUGGCCACCUAGACCGUCUGCUCACAAGGGAGACAACUGAUGAUGACACUCAAGAUUUGUUGCCGAUUUUUUCCACUGCCUUACAGAAUCAGAUAAAAAAGCUUUCACCAAUGAAGCAAGUGGACAGGAAGACAUUAUUUGUUGAGACAGGCGAUUAUCAACACCAGUAUGAGACUGUGUACAGAUCAGCUUCACUGCUCCGAAGUGUCAAGAAGCUGUCUGACAGUGCCCCCAUACAAGCUCUUUGUGAUGAACUACAUUCCUUAAUUAAUGAAAAAUUUGAAAAAAAAUAUCAGAAUUAUAGGCUAAGGUAGUCAUGUAAUGCAUAGGAAUCAGAGGGGUGGGGAUCUGUGUUAUUUAUUCUUUUAAUAAAUCUUUACAGAAAUACAAAAGAAAGUCAUCAUAUUCUAAAGGUUUUUAGACUUGCUCUGUUCAUAUAUGAAUUAAGGGUGUGUGUUGGGGUAAGAUUCGAAAGACCGUGCUUGCAAUACUGUUAUCUGUCACAAUAUUAAUGGGAUGCAUGUGUCUGUUUUUUUAUGCUUAUCUUUUAAUAAAACUAGAAUAAUAAAAUACUAUACCUCCAGGUAAA